AUGAUCAACUGGGGAGGAAAUCUGGCAAGGCUCCUUCAGGUCCACGACAUUACAUGCACGGUAUUCGAACUUGAACAGACUCCCAAUGACCGAGACCAAGGAGGCACAGUCGACUUGUAUCGCCGAGGACAGCUUGCUCUCCAAGAAGCGGGUCUCAUCGAUGAAUACAAACGACUCACGCGACCAGGAGAAGUCAUGAAACUCAGAUAUGAUGGCACUGUGAUAUUCGAUGAGAACCAGGAGAAUAACCGCAGGCCUGAAGAAUAUGCGGACCGUCCUGAGAUCGACCGAACAAAGCUGCGACACCUGCUCCUUGAUUCUUUUAAGCUUGGAACGGUGGUCUGGGGAAAGAAGCUGAAGUCUGUGGAUAAGUCACCUUUGAGCUUUGGGCAAUGGACAUCGACCAACGUCAUCAAUGGCUCUCCGAAUUUGUGGAAGCAGGCAAUUGCUUCAUGUUCGAUGAAGGACGUGCCAUAUUGA